AUGGAUCCAAAUUUUCUUGAGGGCCUGCAUGCCCUUCUCCUUCAAUCUACAGCCAAUGAUACCGUUCAACUGAAAGCUGCUACUUCUCAACUCAACCGAGAGUAUUACAGGGACCCUGCAUGUGUUCCGGCGUUGGCGAGUAUAAUCGCUAGUUCUCCCCAUCAAGCGGUUCGUCAACUUGCCGCAGUCGAACUGCGUAAACGCAUUCAGCAGGGAAGUGGAGACUUAUGGAUGCUUGUUCCACACGAAGAUCGGGAGCAGAUCAAAGACAGACUUCCCGGACUUGUGCUCUCUGAGCCAAGUAAUCUCGUUCGCCACUCGACCGCACGUGUCAUCGCAGCCGUUGCCGCGAUCGAAAUCCCUAUCGGGCAGUGGCAGCAAUUGCUCCCUUUUUUGGAACAAACAUGCACAUCCCCAACAGCUGCACAUCGCGAAGUUGGAGUUUAUAUCCUCUACACCGUGCUUGAGAACAUUGUAGAGGGUUUCGAAAAUCACAUGCAAAAUUUCUUCAAGCUGUUUGAAGGAUUGCUCGCUGAUCCCGAGAGCCUUGAAGUUAGGGUUACUACAGUUAGGGCGUUGGGAGUCAUUGCACAGUAUAUCGAUGCUGAUGAUAAAGGGGACAUAAAAUCUUUCCAGCAACUUCUCCCUGGUAUGAUCACCAUUAUUGGUCAGUGUGUCGAGGCCGGCAAUGAGACUGGUGCCCGACAGUUGUUUGACGUACUCGAGACGUUGCUCAUAUUGGAAAUUCCUCUUCUCGGACAACAUAUUCCCCAACUCGUGCAAUUCCUUCUGACGUGUGGCGCGAAUCGCAAUUUUGAAGAUGAACUCAGGAUCCUCUCUCUGAAUGCAUUGAAUUGGACUGUACAAUAUAAAAAAUCGAAGGUUCAAAGCCACGGCCUUGCACCAGCGAUUCUUGAGGGUCUGAUGCCCAUCUCUACCGAAGCUGAACCUGAAGACCCUGAUGAUGACGCACCGUCUCGUUCUGCGCUCCGCAUCAUCGACUGCCUUGCGACAAGUUUGCCUCCUACUCAAGUCUUCCCCGUACUUCGACAGCUCAUACAACAAUAUUUCUCGUCGCCGGAGCCGAGUUAUCGCCGCGGUGCGAUGCUUGCACUUGGCGUGUGUGUUGAGGGCUGCAGCGAGUUUAUGACACCUCUCAUGAGUCAAGUAUGGCCCGUGAUUGAGGCGGGGCUGCGGGACCCUGAUGCGACGGUGCGCAAAGCGAGCUGCGUUGCCGUGAGCUGUCUCUGCGAGUGGUUGGAAGAAGAGUGCGCCGCGAAGCACGAAUUGCUCAUUCCAACAAUCAUGCAACUCGUGAAUGAUCCGGUCACACAGCGACCGGCUUGUACGGCGUUGGACGCGGUAUUAGAAGUGUUGGGAGACAAGAUCGAACAGUACUUGCCACUUUUGAUGGAGCGCCUCGUCGGGCUUCUAGAUAAUGCUCCUAUCCCGGUCAAGUCAGUUGUGAUCGGAGCGAUGGGGAGCGCAGCACACGCGUCGAGAGACAAAUUCUUGCCCUACUUCCAGCCGACGAUGGAGCGAUUCAAGCACUUCCUUGUACUACGUGGUGAAGGCGAAGAGCAAGAGCUUCGUGGUAUCACGAUGGACGCUGUCGGAACCUUCGCCGAAGCAGUGGGCAAGGACGUCUUCCGGCCGUACUUCGCGGACAUGAUGCAGCAAGCGUUUGAGGGGAUUCAAAUGGGCAGUGCCCGCCUUCGGGAGUGCAGUUUCCUCUUUUUCAGUGUAAUGUCGAGGGUCUUUGAGGAUGAAUUUGCUCCGUACCUGCCUAACGUUGUCCCGUCAUUGAUCGCAAGUUGCAAGCAGCCUGAGCAGGGAGAUGAUGAUGCUCUAUCUGUUGCGAACCCCGAGGCGGCUGCCAGCUUUGCAUCAGGCUCCUCUCCCGCCAACGCGAUCACGAUUACAGACGAUGCGAACGGGAACGUUAACAUGGAACCGGAAGAUAUCGACCUUGACAAGAUGUUGGAGGUUAACAGCACAAUUUGCAUCGAGAAGGAAAUUGCAGCAGAUACAAUCGGUGCUCUUUUUGGAGCAACACGGGCCCAUUUCCUGCCAUAUGUUGAGGAGUGUACGCUCGAGCUCAUCACCAUGCUCCCGCACUACUAUGACGGCAUAAGGAAAUCGGCGACGGAUGCACUAUUAGAGACAAUCCGGACUUUCUAUGAGCUCAGUGAGCCGCAAGAAUGGCAACCUGGAGCGAAAUCUAAUGUUGCUCUUGAGCCACGCGUCAAUGCUCUUAUAAAUCAUGUUCUACCUCCUAUCUUGGAGAUGUAUGAAUCAGAGGAUAAUAAGAAAGUGGUUGCCGGUCUCUGUGUAGGUCUCGCAGAAACGAUCAAUAAAGUUGGGCCUGCGCUUCUCGAAAAACGUUUGGAGCAGAUCGGCAAUAUUGCCAGUCAAAUCCUGGAUCAAAAGGCCAUCUGCCAGCAAGACCCCGAUCAAGAUGAGAGCGAGGAGGCGCCUGAGGAUCAAGCGGAGUAUGAUUCAAUGUUGAUCUCUUCAGCGGGCGAUCUAGUUGCUGCCCUCGCAAAUGUCUUGGGGGCAGAUUUUGCUGAAGCUUUCAAGUCGUUCUAUCCGCUCAUUGCGAAGUACUACAAAAAAAGUCGCUCGCUCAGUGAUCGGUCGUCCGCGAUCGGUUGUCUCUCCGAGAUCAUCGCCGGAAUGAAAGCGUCUGUAACUCCAAUGACUGAAACCUUGUUAGACUUAUUCUUCCGAGCGCUAGCUGAUGAGGAGGCUGAAGUGCAGUGCAACUCUGCUUUCGCCAUCGGCCUCCUCAUUGAGCAUUCCGCUCUCGAUCUCUCCGUACACUACAUGAACGUUCUCGCCUCACUCAGACCCCUCUUCGUUGUGUCGCCCGACGCGCCGCACGCCCGGUUCAAUGCUCGCGACAAUGCAGUGGGCGCCGUGGCGCGUAUGAUCUGCAAGAAUACCGCGGCCGUGCCCUUGGACCAAGUCCUGCCAGUGUUCUUCGAGGCACUGCCGCUGAAGAACGACUAUCUGGAGAAUACAGCGGUUUUCCGCUCCAUCUUCCACCUGUUCAGGACGCUCCCGUCCGCGCUCCAUCCGUACAUGGACCGUCUGUUGGCCGUCGUCGCGUACGUCUUGGACCCUAGCGGGCCUGAACAGGUUUCGGAGGACAUCCGACGGGAGCUCAUUGCUCUUGUCGAGCUGCUCAAUCGAGAAGAUCCGAGCAAGAUCCAAGCGGCGGGAUUGGGUCCCUUUGUUCCUGGCGCGUAG